UUGCGCGCAUAUUAAUCGGAAUAAUCUGCGUUGCUCACUUCCCCGGUUGGCCAAUCUAACCGUCGUUGCUCCGUACAGCUUCGCCUCGUUCUUCCGCCGUACACUCGCCGAUAAAUAUCUGAUUUUACCAAUCCUAUACUCUAUUCAAUUUGCCAAUACAAAGGAGCUUCAAAUGGCCAAGAAACCUGGCCCGAAACCUGGAUCAAAACCUAGUAAAUUGUCUGUGUACCUUUACAUUCCUAAUAUCAUAGGAUAUACCCGGGUUCUUUUAAACUGCUAUGCUUUCCAUGUAUGCUUUACAAACAAAAUAUUGUUCUCUAUUCUCUAUUUUUUCAGCUUCGUAUGUGAUGCUGUGGAUGGUUGGGCCGCUCGCAAAUUCAAUCAAGUGUCGACCUUCGGAGCUGUUCUGGACAUGGUUACAGACAGAAUUAGCACUGCUUGUCUACUUGUUGUUCUUUCCCAAGUUUACAAGCCUGGCUUAAUCUUCUUGUCCUUGCUAGCAUUAGAUAUUGCUAGCCACUGGCUGCAAAUGUACAGCACUUUCUUGAUGGGCAAGACUAGUCAUAAAGAUGUAAAAGACAGUAGUAACUGGCUUUUCAAGUUAUACUAUGGCAAUAGGAUGUUUAUGGCUUACUGUUGUGUCUCAUGCGAGGUUCUUUACUUAAUCCUUUUUUAUCUUUCGGAGAAUCAUACAGAGACAUUGAUGGACGUUUUAGCAACAAAUCUGCAAAAGAUAUCAAUAGUCUCUUUUCUAAUUGCAACAAGUUUAGUUGGAUGCACAAUCAAGCAGCUUACAAAUGUGAUUCAGCUGAAGACAGCAGCAGAUGCAUGUGUGCUUUAUGACAUCAACAAAAAACAGAAGCAAUGAUGUUUCAUCCAUGGACAUGAAUCUCUUGUCUUUGCCAUUUAUCAAGUAUUUAACCCUUGAUGGUAGUAUAAAUUAUUAUCUUAAAGGGCAAUUUUGUUUAAAUUGCCCAGUUUUUUUUUUUUUUUUAAUUUACAGAAAUAGAGAAGGGAUAAACUAGAGAAGCUGUCAGGCUGUAGGCAAUUCUCAUAACACGUGUUCAUUUCAUUUUUUUUUUUUAUAAAACUUGUUUUUGUGUCAUGGUUUGGACUUUGGAUACUGUUUUCUUCAAGCAUCUCUCACAAUUUCCUAUUACAGCGUGAUGCAAUGCAAGGCUCUCAGGUUUGAUAAAUAAAUAAAAAAAUUGGGACCCUUAAUAUCAA